AAGUUGUCAUUGCGAAUUUGACCGAUUACAGCUGUUUUUAUGUCUUUACUUUGUUGUUUUAUUUAGCCCUUUGUUUUUAUUUUUGUGUAUGUAUUAACAAUUAUUACCUUAUUUGAAUCUUUAGUAUAUAAGACAUAUACAUAGAAUAUUAAAGAGGUUAAUAGUGAUUCAUUCAGUUAUAUUAAAACUAAAUAAUUAUGAAUAUUGAAAAUGCUGCUAUAAACAUUUUGAAACGAGGAGUGGAGUUAGAUACUAAGAAGAGAUAUACUGAAGCUCUUGUGUGCUAUCAAGAAGGCUUGCAGAUACUAGUGGAUAAGAUAAAAGGUGAUAGUGACGAGUCAACAAAGAUUUACUUAAGAAAGAAAAUAGAGGAAUACAUGAAUAGAGCAGAAGCUAUUAAAAAGUUGGUGCUAAAACAGAAAGAAGCAGGUCAGUUUCAUGAGCAAGUGCAUAUAGAGAAUAAUUCUACUGGUCACAGUUAUAAGACAUUGUUUGGCAGGUUUCUUGAUGAAGAAGUACAGUAUGUUAUUGUUGAAGAUCCAUAUAUUAGAAGUUUUCAUCAGUGUCAAAACUUCUUGCGGUUGUGUGAAUUACUAGUGAGGUCCUGUAAUAAUUUAAGGCAUAUAGAACUAAUUACUACAAGGGAUGGCAAAUCAGAAGGAGAUCAAAGAGAGUGGUUUUCUUACCUCCAGAAUGAUUUGAUUAAGUAUAGAGUGCAAUUGAUUGUAAAAUAUUCUGAUACGCUACAUGAUAGGCAAAUAACAUUGAGUUCUGGAUGGAUAAUAAAGAUCGGAAGAGGAUUAGACUUUUUCAAAGCACCAGAAAAUAAGUUUUGUCUCGGUGUGUAUGACAUGGACUUGAGACCGUGCCACGAGACCACAGUUGAUAUAGUUCACUCCAAAAAUGUUAAACAGUCAUAUGGAUGAUGUUUAAUUUUUAUUAAUUUAAUUUAUAAUGUAUACAGGCUUUUGCCUAUCACAAGAACCAGGGAACUCAUUAUUGUAUGUAAAUAUUUUUAUGAAUAAAGCAUUAUUAUUAUUAUUAUUAAGGAAAUUGAAUGAGACAAAAGGAAUAUAAUUAUCACAAAUUAUUAAAUUUUUAUAUUA